AUGGCACUGACAAAUUGUACUGAAGAUGAAAGCCGCCUUAAAACUUUCAGAGAACUGUUCUGCUCGGCCGAAUGUAUCAGAGAUGUAGAUGGCGAGUUUAUUUUUCUUUCAACUUUAAAUAUUUUUCUGUCCAUCACUGCAUUUCUGGGAAACAGUCUGAUCCUCGUUGCUUUACACAAGGAAACUUCACUUCAUCCACCUUCCAAACUCCUGUAUCGUAACCUAGCGAUAACUGAUCUCUGUGUUGGUAUCAUUGUGGAUCCUUUGGCUGUGACUUAUUUGACUUCUGUUGUAAAGGAAAGAUGGGAUAUUUGCUAUCACGCAAGUUGGGCGGCAAAUUUCUUAAGUUAUACUUUGUGCGCAGUGUCUUUACUAACAUUGACUGCAAUAAGCGUGGACAGACUUCUCGCCUUGUCGCUGGGGCUCAGAUACAAACAAGUUGUAACUUUGAGAAGAACAUACAUAACUGUAAUAGUUUUUUGGAUUUUUUCUGCUGUCGGUGCAUCUGCUUGGUUUUGGAAUCCCCUAAUAAAUUCCAUGUCUCGAUAUUUAGUUGGAGCUCUGUGUCUAGUCACCACAAUCAUUGCUUACACAAAAAUUUUCUUCUCUCUGCGUCAUAAUCAGAUUCAUAACCAUGUUGCUCAAGGACAACCGAGCCAAGCAAUUCCACUGAACAUAGAUCGUUACCGAAAGGCAGUGUACGCGGCACUGUGGGUGCAAGGAACAUUGGUUAUUUGUUAUCUUCCGUAUGUUAUAGCGGUAGCUUUGACGCCUCAAAGAGGGAUGCCUUUAUCGAUUUACCUUGCUCGGAGUUUUACGCUUAACAUCAUUUACUUAAACUCGUCAUUAAACCCGUUGCUGUACUGUUGGCAGAUCAGAGAAGUAAGGCAA